AUGUCUGAGCGGUUGAAAGAGUCGGUCUUGAAAACCGAAGUAUUGAUAAGAAUACCGGGGAAUCUAACCCUACUGCUGCUAAUGAGAUCCGUAUGCUUUCAAAGAGAAAAUGGAAGUGGGAACCGUUCUGAUCAUCCUCAGGCUGGUGAGGACGUUAAUGGGUCUCCUCUGAUAAGGAGGUACAUGGGACUUCGGGGGCGGUUCUUGGUGCGAAUCCUGCGUCCUACAAAGAUAUGCUGUCAGGUGCCAAUCAAAGUCGACGAUUCGGCUUGGCAGGAGUGGACAGAGAACGAUGAUGGGGAUCCCAUGUGUUUUGAUGAGGCGAUUUCUGAUGAUGAAGAAAGUGGUGAUCCGGGAAGAGAAGGCCUUGCUAAGGAAGCCGUGGCUUUGAGGCUUUCAAACUCUCUCUUCUCGAGUGAAACAGCUGUGGCAACUGGACGGGAGGGAACAGAGCAGCACCCUAGGGUGCGAAUGAAGCUGCGCGAAGUGAGAGGGAGGACUGACUCAAAGAAAAGAAAGAUCGGGGGAAAGAUGGAAUCUUGA